UCUCAUCCCUUCUUUUCCUCCUGGAGAUGAACACCUGUUGAUGAAUAGAAUUCACAACUUGGGCUGAUAACAAGGCCCUUGUUGAGCUUGAAUUCUCUUCGAAAAACUAGGAGAAAUACCUUCUCUUUGGCAAAAAGGAGGGAAUUUUUUGGGAAAUCAGAUCAAAUGCUGGGCAACACAGUUCACACACUUAGGUAUUCACAGCUUUCUCAAUCUCUCUCACACCCACACAAACACACUUAGUUUCACUCCUUUCUUCUCACACAACCAACGCACACAAGUAGCCACCAUGAUAUACUUGCAGUACUUUGUGUGUGUGUGUGUGUGUGUGUAAAUCCUCCUCUUUCCAUGAGCUAGUUUGACAAAAGUGGGGGUUCCAAAAGAGUCAGGAUCAUCGGCGGGGCUAACGGAGCUCCGGGAAGAAAAAAGAGUGAAGAAUUUGGAGGAAAGAUGUGAAGCUUCUUUGGGUCGCAAUAGUCUUGCUUGAUCAGUGAAAGAUCUGAUCGCCGGCUUGUUUGCUGCCGGAUCUCUCUCUCUCUCUCUCUCUCUCUCGAUUUUUUCGUCGGAGGAGCGGGACUCUUGGGCUCCCACUUUUCCAUCGAGCGAUUUGAUCGUCUCGAUCGGGAGUGUCUCAAUCCAUCCUUUCUCUACCUUUUAUUCUUUCGCGAUAUUCCACACCAGGAAUCUAAACUUUCUUCCUUGCUGCCUGUGCUGGAAGAGAUCAUGGACACGAGUAUUAAGUCGGCUGGGAUGUGAGGUUUUUUCUUUCUAUCUCUCCUGCUGGAAUGCUUGCCUCGUUGUCUCUUGGGUGCCAAUAUGGAUUCUUCCGCUAGAGGCGCGGCAUUGCUUCUCGCGAGCUACUUCUACUACCACUGCUCCUGCAAGAACAGCUCCACGGUAACAAGUCUUUACUUUUUUCACCAGGUUUCCACCGCCAAGGUGGGAUUUUGAGCAGUGAUCCGGCGACCCAUUGCCGAAAUCUCCCGACCAUUCUGCCAGUUAAACGGGGAAAAAAAGAGAGAGCGAAAAAGUCGCGGUGUUCUUCCGUGAAGAAAGUUUCUUCUUGCUGUUCUUCUUGGCGUUCUUCCAGUCCUUUUUUUUAGUUUUUUUUUCCUCGCUCCCUCCUUUCCUAUGAUCUUCUGGUUCAGUUCUUAGAGCGAGCUCUCUCCUCAUGUGUCAAACUGUUUCCGGGGUUUUGCAAGUUGUGGAGACGCGGAGUAGAAUGCAGCAGCAGCACGAUGGGGAUUUAGGAGCCAUUGUUCGCAGCGCCGGGAUUUGCAGCAACGCCACCAUCCCCGACUCGCCUCCCCGAUCUUGCUCCUCGUCGUCGCAGCAGAAUUUGCCAGCCAUUGGCGUGGAGAGAUUGAAUAGUUCGUCAUCGUCUCCUCCCCCACCACCACCAGUGGCAGCAGUAGGAUCGGCAGCAAGUUUUCCAGAGGCUAGGAUGGGAGCUGGAGGAUUCCUGGAGCUCAUCAGCGGGAAUUUGGUCCCGGCAGCCGAUUUGAGCGAUUUCCACCACCACCACCACCACCCGGCUCCCUCGAGCUUGUUCCAUGGCGGUGGUGGCGGUGGUGGUGGCGGUAGCGCUUCCACCAGCGGCGGCCUCGUCAAGCGCGAGCCUUUGGAGGUGCCAGACUUCGAUACCAUCUUCUCGCACAGCCGCUCGCUCACCUUCCUGGACGAUCUCAAGGCCGACUUCCAGCGGUCGUCUGCGUGCUCGUCGCCAGCGGGGGCGGUGAAGAACGAGUUUGGGAGCUUGGAUUUGACGGACGUGAAUGUGCCGGCGUCGAGCUUCGACUGCGCGUCGCCGGCCAGCCCGACCAUGGCUCCCUCGGCGGGCAAGGAUUCAUCGCUCGCCACUGCCGACAACAGUAACAGCAACGCAGCUAGCAACAACAGCACUAGCAAUUCUUCCAAGCAUCAGGGAUCCAAGCGCAGCCGGAAAAUGCAGCAAAAGCGGAUCGUGUGCGUUCCCGUGGCUGGCGGCGGCAAGCCGACCGGAGAAGUUCUUCCCUCAGAUAUGUGGGCGUGGAGAAAGUACGGGCAGAAACCCAUCAAAGGAUCUCCGUAUCCCAGGGGAUACUACAGAUGCAGUAGCUCCAAAGGCUGCUCCGCGAGAAAGCAAGUCGAGCGGAGCCGCAACGACCCGACAAUGCUGAUCAUCACCUACACCUCCGAGCACAACCAUCCCUGGCCGGCCCAUCGAAACUCCCUGGCUGGAACAACGAGGAUCCGUCCCAUGGCAGCAGCAGCAGCAGCAGCAGCCGCCGCCGCCGCCGCCGCCGCAGCAACGGCAGCCGCGGCGUCAGGAUCAACCACAGCUUCCUCGCCAACUCGGCAGCAAGAUUCAAACAAUCAGCCACAGCAGGAGAGUGGACCCGGUUCUUCGUCCAUGCAGGAUAUGCAACAAGCCCAUCAAACGGAUCCUGCAGCAAAUGCCGCGGCCGGGCAUCUGGAGAACCCGUUCGUUUCCAUCGUCAACUUGCCGGAUCCAAUGCAGGUUGAUCACCACCACCCGCAGCAGCACCAGCACCAGCAGCACCAGCAGCGCCAAGUUCCCAGCCGAGCGCUCCUCCACCACCAGCACCUCCUGGCGGACAUCGGAUUCGACACAAACACGUCCCGGUCGAGCUCCCAGGACGAGGAUUUCUUCUCCGAGCUGGAGGAGCUGCCGGAGCUGUCGUCCAUUCUGGAGAAGGGAUUCCUCGAGUACAAAUCGGAUGACGAAGGUGGUGGUGGUGGUGGCGGUGGCGGAGGUGGCGAUGGCGGCGGCGGCGGUCCUGGGAACAGUGAUCCUUCUCCUGGUGGUCCAAAGAGCAGCGUGGAUCCUUUCAACUUGUUUAGCUGGUCGUCUGGAUCGAAUCAAAACCAUCGACAGCAACAGCAGCAGCAGCACCAUCACCAUCAUCAAUGAGAUAUCGUCGCGUCGCGCAGCUCACAGCCGCCGCCGCCAUCGAAUCGAAUGAAUCGAUCGCACACAAUGUAGAUGAACAGCUCUUCCAGAGAAUCGAGUGUUCUAUUUUGUAAAAAGAGCGAACUUGCCCGGAACAAAAGAAGGAAAAAACAUAGAGAGAGAGAGAGAGAGAGAGAGAGAGAGAGAGAGAAUGAUGUUGUCUUCUACCAUUCCAUUCUUCCCCCCAUUGUUGCUUUCACACACACACACACAGUAAUCCUUUACAGAAUGAUUCAAGCCAUAGCUUUUCCAGAACUGGAGAUUCUGAAGUUAAAGAAUGAGCAGUUCUUCCAAGUUCAUCGCCGGGAAUUUGGUCUGAUUUGUUUGAUCUGGCUGCGUACGGCCGCAACUUGGCAUCAUCGGUACGGAGACUCUUUGUUUUUGGUGCUUGCUGGUCCAGCUCCAUUGCAAUGAUGAGUUGAGUGACACUCUCAGUGGAACCCAAGCACUGUUGUUUAGUCUUUAUUAACGUGUUCUUUGCUUAGCUCUCUCUUUCACUGGGAAGA